CUUUCAAGAAGCUCACUCCUCUCUUCCUCUCCUCCUCCUCCACCUGCCUAUGGCCGUAGUCCGCGAGCGCCGCCAACUCAACCUCCGCCUCCCUCUUCCCGAACUCUCCGAGCGCCGCCCUCGCUUUCCGUUGCCACUCCCUCCAAGUAUCACCACUUCUACCAACACCACCGCCUUCUCUAUGAUCUCUUGUAAUGAUCUCGAAAAGCUCCAAGUUUUAGGCCACGGUAAUGGUGGUACUGUCUAUAAAGUACGUCAUAAGAAGACUUCCCAAGUUUAUGCCCUUAAAGUUGUCCAUGCUGACACCGAUGAUUCCCUCGUCCGCCGUCAAGUCUUCCGUGAAAUGGAAAUCCUCCGGCGUACUGAUUCUCCUUAUAUCGUUCACUGCCAUGGAAUCUAUGAGAAACCCAAUGGUGAUAUAGCGAUUUUAAUGGAGUAUAUGGAUUUGGGUACGCUUGAUACGCUUCUACAAAAACAUGGUACUUUCUCGGAAGCUAAACUUGCUCAUGUAGCUCGUCAGGUUCUUAAUGGGCUAAACUACUUGCACAGCCAUAAAAUCAUCCAUAGAGACAUUAAACCAUCAAAUUUGUUGGUGAAAGAUGGGAUGGAAGUGAAGAUUGCAGAUUUUGGUGUAAGCAAAAUCAUGUACCGAACUCUAGAUGCUUGCAAUUCCUAUGUGGGUACUUGUGCUUAUAUGAGCCCUGAGCGCUUCGAUCCUGACACUUAUGGAGGAAAUUAUAAUGGCUAUGCAGCUGAUAUUUGGAGUUUGGGUCUCACCUUGUUGGAGCUUUAUUUGGGUCAUUUCCCACUUCUCACACCAGGUCAGAGACCGGAUUGGGCGACUCUGAUGUGCGCUAUCUGCUUUGGCGACCCGCCUACCUUGCCGGAGGAUGCGUCGGAGAAGUUUCGGAACUUUGUCGAGUGUUGCUUACAGAAGGAAUCUAGUAAGAGGUGGACGGUAGAGCAGCUACUGUCACACCCAUUUCUUUGUAAAGAUCCGACAUCCGAUAAAUGAACCGGUCAUCGGAGUCCAAAACCCGAUUGUAUUCGCGGUUGAGUUUUGUAUAUAAUCUGCCGGAUUCGGAUUUUUCCUUUUUUUUGUUAAUUAAUUUUUUUUUCUUAUUUUGUAUAUUCUCUUAUUCUUCUGGAUCUCUUUGUAGCCCUGAAUCUGCUGAUAAGAAGAGAUAAUCAAAUUUCCCUUUCUUC